AUUGUCUGUGUGCUGCAGCCUGUUCGGUUCGUCAGGACAGAGUGCAGGGCAGGCGUUUGGCCAGCAGGGGGUUUACAACAACAUGAGCAUCACCGUCUCCAUGGCGCCCCGGGGGUCAGGGGUCGGAUCUCUAACCGCCAUGGGGCAGCCGGUGGGCCUCAGCAACAGUAACCUCAGCAACGUGGGCUCAGUGUGCAGCGACCAGCAGGUGCAGCAGGUCCAGGUGUUUGCAGACGUCCAGUGCACCGUGAACCUGGUGGGCAGCGACUCCUCCUACAUGAACGCGGGACCCAUCGGAGCGCCGCCCCCCCAGAAGGGUCCUCAGGGGUCCCAGAACCCAGCAGCCAAUCAGAAGAGCCUCCUCCAGCAGCUGCUCACCGAGUGACGACGCCUCAACGACUCCUCCUCGGCCCCUCUUCUACUCUCCUCUGUCUCACUUGUACACCUCGAAGGCCGGAGCACCAUUAGCCGUCUCUGUCUCACCGCUCGGAUGGAACGAUGGAUUCUUUUGGGAUGCUUUGACGCCCAAAUCAGUGGAGGUUUGGAUUCACUUAGCCUCACCACUUCUGGAUCUUGGUACUUCUUUUGAGAGAAAAGUCAGAAGGAGCAGCAGUGUAUUUAAACCUGCCUGUCUAAUCUGUCUGACAACCUGUCUGUCUGCCUCAGCCUAUCAAAAGGCAGUGUUGUCUUGCUGCUCAUUCCUUGGUGACCUACUUCCUGCUUCCUUAACCCGAGAAAAAAAAACAACUGCAACAUUAUUGUAGAUUUGCCAAGUUGUCGUCACUGUCAAAUCAGGGCCGGGCUCCGUUUAUUUUGUUUCUGUCGCAGCAGCAGCAGUGCAUCUUGGGAGCUUUGAGUUGCAGCAUACAGCUGAGCUCAUCAUUUUUAAAGUGUCGGGGUUAAAGUAUCCCACACGGCAGCCCCUCUGGCUUUUCAUUUGUAUCCUUUAUGUUUUGUUCACUCUACCUGUCUCUCAGCGAUGUGGGAAUGUUAAUGUUUCAGACCUCUGUUGCAUUGUGGGAUAGAAGCUCAGUAUCAGCUGGUUCUGUGACUGUCUCUCUCUAUCAGCUACAGUGCCUUCUACUACAUAUUAUUCUAAAUACGUCUUCUGUUUUUAUUGUUAAAUGAAAUUCUGCUCUCACCGUCAUCAUCACUUUCAUCAUCACUUCAGAACAAGCUUUGACAACAGCCAGCGUGGAUUGGACGGAUGGAUUUGAUGGAUGGGAGACAGAUGGGAUGCUGCUCAGUUUUUACGUGUCUUUCUCCCCCUCCUAACCAAGGGAGGGGGGGUUUUAUUUUUAUCUUUUCAAAGUAUAAGAAAAGAGACUGUUAUGAUUAUUUAA